AUGUUCGUUCUUUCUACAAUCUCCGAUCUUGUGCAGAUCACGCCUGAGGAUUUCUCCAAGUUCAGUGCUGUCGCGAUCGAGGACAAUAUUAAUGAGAAAUACGCCAACAAGGUUAUUCAAAAGAUCGGCCUAUGCAUUGGAUUCUACGAUUUACUCAAGACCUCUGAUGGAUUGAUUGGGCACGGCACAGGGUUGGUCAAUAUCAACGUGACGUUUCGUUUGAUCGUGUUCCGGCCAUUCAAAGGGGAAAUUAUACUAGGAAAAAUUACAAGCAGCACAGAAGAUGGCAUUAAAAUUGGAAUGGAGUUUUUUGGGGACAUCUUCGUCCCGUCUAGCAUGUUAUGCGAACCAUGUCGAUUUGAUGUCGCGGAACAGCACUGGGUGUGGGAAAGCGGAGCAGGUGAUUACCACUACGACAACAACGAGGAAGUCAGGUUCCGAGUCGAAAGUGAAGAAUGGCACGACCAAAUCCCGACUGUGCCAGGGAAGAUGGACAGCAUGGCUGCUUCUGAGCGCCGGCCUCCAUACGCAAUCAGGGUUAGUUCGUCAUUAUUACUCGCAUCGGCGACACAGCAGCCUGCUUUGUUUCGGAAAGCUUCAUCGACCCCGCCAACACUCGCCAACAUGGCUCUCCCUGUUGUCGAAAGCCCCCAAUUGGCGCCGCUGGUUCAGCCAGACGUUGUCCAGACUCCCACGAGGCCGCCGCCCCCUGAGCAUCGCUUUGGAACCCGCGCUGUCCAUUCUGGUGCUCAUCUGGAUCCUAGCACGGGUGCUGUCAUUGCACCGAUUUCCCUGUCGACCACCUUUGCGCAAACCAGCGUCGGAAAACCGAUUGGUGUUUAUGAGUAUACUCGCAGCUCAAACCCCAACAGGCAAGUUCCGCCAUCCUUAUACGAAAAAAAGGGCCUCCAUCUAACACGUCGCAGAGACAACUUUGAAGAAGCCGUCGCUGCGCUCGAACAUGCCCGAUACGCUCUCGCCUUCUCCUCCGGCUCUGCCACCACAGCCACCAUCCUCCAAUCUCUCGCAGCUGGUUCGCACGUAGUGUCAGUGUCGGAUGUGUACGGUGGCACCCAUCGCUACUUCACCAAGGUCGCCGCUGCACACGGAGUACACGUCACUUUUACUCCAGCCAUUGAGGUCGACAUCGAGGAGCUAAUCCGGCCCAACGAUACCAAACUGAUUUGGAUCGAGUCCCCUUCCAAUCCUACCCUUGGUCUGGUCGAUAUUCGCAAGGUGGCUAGCAUUGCCCACCGCCACGGCAUUCUCGUUGUCGUCGACAAUACCUUUCUCAGCCCGUACAUUCAGAAUCCGCUUGACCAUGGCGCCGAUAUCGUGGUUCAUUCGGUGACCAAGUACAUCAACGGUCACUCGGAUGUGCUCAUGGGCAUCGCUGCUUUCAACUCGAACGAUCUCAAAGAGCGCCUUACCUUCCUCCAAAACGCCAUUGGCGCUGUCCCCUCACCAUUCGACUGCUGGCUCGCCCACCGCGGCCUGAAAACACUGCACCUGCGAGCUCGCGAGGCCACCAAAAAUGCCACAACAGUCGCCAAAGCCCUGGAAGCUUCCCCUCUCGUCAAGUCCGUCAACUACCCCGGUCUCGACUCACACCCGCACCGCGCCAUUGCCGUGAAACAGCAUCGCGACGGCAUGGGCGGCGGUAUGCUCAGUUUCCGGAUCCAGGGCGGACACGAUGCCGCCGAGCGUUUCUGCCAGAACGCGCGCGUCUUCGUUCUCGCCGAGAGUCUUGGUGGCAUUGAGAGUCUGUGCGAGGUCCCCUCUAGCAUGACGCAUGCUGGUAUCCCCAAGGAACAGCGUGAGGCGGCGGGCGUGUUUGACGAUCUUGUGCGUUUGAGCUGCGGUAUCGAGGAUGCCGAGGAUCUCAAGGAGGAUAUUUUGCAGGCGUUGGAAAAGUCAACCGCCGUGUCUAAUGGAACUAAAUGA